AUGGGUCAAGGCGGAACUAUCGACCUGAUAAAUGGCACUCCCUACCCAUGGACUCUCAGCGGCCAGAGCUCCUAUCAGAUGAAGGCCUGGUCCUUCCCGUCGACUGUGGCAUCCGGCGCCUCCAUCCCUGUAUAUGUCGAAUGGGACCAAGACCCCGGCAAAGACCAGAGGGAUGACGGCGGCGAGGCUGUGUAUUCAAUGGGUGGAAGCUCGGGCACUUUUCAAGUCCAAGCCAGAAACACCGAUGGUUUCAACCUCGAGGUCUAUCUCGAGGCUGUCGAGACCGAAAACAAUCCGGUUGGGAGCACCAUCAGCCUUGGCUGGAACCACAACGCUGCCGUCAACCUGGUCUUCGGUGGUGAGCAGGGCGCUUUCACCUCAAACAACCCUUCUGUCGACUGGAUGCAUCAGAACCUCGCAACUCUUGGUGACCGCAAGCUGCGCCAGAUUUGCAUGCCGGGCUCGCAUGAUGCGGGAAUGAGCGAGUUCAACGCGCACACUGGCCUGGUCAGAGACACCAAUACUCUCACCCAGAAGUUCAGCAUCGCCGAGCAGUUGACUGCUGGGUCGCGCUGGUUUGAUGUGAGGCCGGUGGUCGCCUCCGGGAAGUUUUGGGCCGGCCAUUACUCCGAUACUAAAAUUGUCGGCUGGCAGGGAGCAAACGGACAGUCACUGAGCGACAUCAUCAACAACAUCAACACUUUCACUUCCCAGUACAAUGAGCUGAUUAUCCUGGACAUCUCGCACACCAUGGACACGGACAAUGACUACACCGACCUAUCCCAGGCCCAAUGGAACACCCUCUUCACCCAGCUCCAAAGCAUCAAUCAUCGUUUCAAUGCAACCGGCGUCUCGACUUCAGAGGACUUGUCAAAGCGCACCCUCAACCAAUUCAUCGGAAACGGGCCAUGUGUCUUGAUUGUUGUCGAGCUUCCCAGCGGAAUCACACUCGGUGAUUAUUUUAGCCAGGGAAUAGUAGCGAGCUCGCCCAACUUUCCUUUCUACAACAGCUAUUCAAAUACGGACGAUUUGGACACCAUGGCUUCCGAUCAACUUUCGAAGCUCUCCAGCCAGCGCAAGACACCUGACGACGAAUUCUUUCUUCUCUCAUGGACGUUGACGGAAAGCGUAAUUGAUACCAUCUGGGGCAGCGUCCCUAUUCCCGGAGACUUGAACUCCAUCUUGGAACUCGCCGGCAAAGCCUACCCCAACGUUCUGUACAUGGACCUUUUCGGGGCCUUUGACCAGGACGCGACCGCUCCGUCCACAGAGGUUGCGGCUUUAGCACUGGCAGUGAACGGUAUUGUGGGCCGCAAUUAA